AUGGCUGAAUUUGCAGAUUACAAGAAACAACCAAUUCCAACUGCUCCCCCGAAACUUCUCCCGAAGCCAGUGCUAGAAGGCGAAUCAUCUGCUGAUGAUGAAAUGGAUUUUGAUAAGGAAUUUGAGGCGGGUGUUACACAGGAAGAAUUUCUGGAGGAGCUUUACAACGGUAGUAGCUAUGUAAAAAAUGAACGACGCAUAAUGCUUAUUGGAAGAACAGGAUCGGGAAAAAGUACUACCGCCAAUACCAUCCUUGGUAGGAAAGAAUUUGAGUCAAAAUCGGCCGGUAGUUCAGUCACAUCAAAGUGUCAGUUUGGCAAUGUCAAGAUUGCCAAUAGGUGGGUUCUAUUGGUCGACACACCAGGGAUGUUUGAUACAUGCGUUUCAAAUGAGGACAUCUCAAAGGAGAUAAUGAAAUGCACAGCUCUUACUUCCCCUGGCAUACACGCUCUCAUCUUGGUUAUCAGGAUUGGGAGAUAUACAGAAGAAGAAAAGAAUACAGUUAAACUGUUUAAGGAAAACUUUGGAGAGGAGCUGACAAAAUACAUGAUGAUCAUCUUUACCGGGAAAGACGACCUCGAACACGAUGGGACCACACAAGAAGCAUUUGAGGAAAAAUGUCCACCUUCACUUCAGGCUUUGAUCUCUGAAUGUGGAGAAAGAUUACACUAUCUGAACAACAGGUCUAGUGAAGAACAAAAGGACACGUUUAGAACGGAGCUGGUAGAUGCCAUUGACACGAUGGUGGAGGAAAAUGGUGGAAGGUGUUACACUGCCCAUCGAUUUCAGAAAGCUGAGGCGAUCAUGAAGAAGAAAGAAACUGUACUGAAGAAAAGGAUUGCAUACAAAAGUAGAUAUAAAAGGGAAAAUGUAAAGCAACAGUUAGAACAAUUACUCAAUAAAGACAACACAAAGCUCGUAAAGAUGACAACAACAACCACAGGAAAUACAAUAGACGUUGCGCAGAAAGCUCUAGCAGUACUAGAGCAGAAAUAUAUGGACCUCAAGCGCGAGUUUGAAAAAGUCAAAGAUGAAGUGGACAAGCAGCUGAGAGAGAAAGAGGACGAGUUAAAGAAGCUUAAGGAAGAUCGUGAACGACUGGUGGAAGUAGAACAACAGAAGUUGCAUGAGGAGAAGCGGAAGGUUGAAGAGGCGAAAAGGUUAAAGGAGGAGAUAGACGAGAUAGAAAUGAAGGACGAAGAAGAGGCAAGAUUCCAAGCAAGGAAGGAAAUUGAGGAGGAAAAGGGAUUCUUUGAUGUCUUUCGAAGAGGUUGGAAUAGACUGAAAAGCAUGUUCACUCGUUCAACCAAGAAAUAAGGUUCAACUCCUCACGGUCCAGUCAUCGUAUCACCUCACCUACUCAACACUGGCCAGCAGUGUGUCGCUGUGCUUGAGUUCUUUGAGUUUGCGCUCGCUGGAGAAUGUGAUGUCUGCAAAUUUUCUUCUCUUUAGUAUUAAUCUUAUACUCUAAUAAUGCCAUAUAUUGGUUUGGUAUAUGAUAUCUCUCACAUAUCCACUGACAUAGUCACAUGUUGAAAGUGUUUUAGUAACUAUGAUUUUCAUGCAAUAGUGGUGUUUACUAGUAAUCUGCAGAUAUUUAUCACGAACGUACAAUCAUAUUACACCUCAAUGUACAUAUCUGC